AUGGCUACUGCUACAUCGGUAGGCUCUGCUUUUAAGAAGAUCGGCACCCAUCUUGAGUGCAGCAUCUGCACAGAAAUAUACAAGCAGCCGAAAAUACUGACCUGCCUCCACAACUUCUGCAAGGAGUGUCUCGUAAAAUACCGUGAUGGCACAUACCGAGGAUCUCCACAAAUUCCUUGCCCUGUAUGUCGUCAGGAGAUGGUACUACCACAGUCUGGCAUCCAGGGCCUCAAGACCAACUUUCAUUUGGUUGCUUUGAUUGAGGAAUUUGAAUUACAGGAGAAGGUAGCAUGCUCAGGAUUGAACUCGAAGCUUCUCUGUGAGACAUGCGACGAGGAUAACGAGGCUUUAUAUCACUGUCUCGACUGUGGAAUGAAUAUCUGUACGUCGUGCCGCAAGGCACACCUACGGUUCACAGUUUCGGCAAACCAUGCAGUAGCAACUUUAAACGACAUUCGUCAGGGGAAGGUGAACCUGACUAAACAACCGGCCCAGUCCAAAUGUCACAAACACAAGGAGGGCAUCACACAAUUCUAUUGCAAGACAUGCGAUGAGCUGAUAUGCCAAGUAUGCACUGUCUUAGAUCACUCUAAACCCGAUCAUGACAUCAUCGACAUCGGAAAAGCUUCAAAAGAAUUUAGACAGUCACUGGAGAAAGGCUUUCCUGCUGUCGAAAAAGAGAUAAAAGGCCUUGAAGUAUCCCUACAGGGUGUGGCUGCAUCUAAGAAGGUUUUGAACGACAACACGACAGAGGCUCGAAAAAAGGUGCAGGACAGAGCUGCUGAGGGCAAAGCAAAGAUCAACGCUGAAGAGAAACGACUCCUGGAUGAGAUCACUACGCAGGAACAUGAGCAAAACAAGCGACUGGUCGAGCACGAGAAGACAUUAAGCAAUUCACUUCAGAGAAAGAAACAUUGCCUACAGACCAGCCAAGAAGUAACGAGAAAUGCAUCAGAUUCCCACUUCCUUUCCCUCCAUCCCGUGAUCAGCAAAGACAUGGACAAGCUCAGAGGUCAACCAACUCCCAAGAUGGCAGGGUUGAAGUUGCAUCCCGUGUUCGUUAAGAGCAAGAAGCUUGACAUCGAUCUGGGCAAGGUGAUGGUGGAAGACACAUGGGAGAUAGGCCAUUCAUUUGGCAAGAAGGGUAGUGGUAAAGGGGAGUUUGAAUCAGCCAGAGGCAUUGCUGCUGCUGCUGACCCUGACGAGAUUGCUGUGGCUGACUGGAAGAAUGAUAGAGUGGUAAUCUGCAACAACCAGGGACAAACCAAGAAUACCAUUCCGAUUGACCCAAAUGACGUCGUUGCUGUAUCGAAUCAGUGGGUGUGUGCUCAUCCCAGCAAGAUGAUGGUUUACCAUAGGGACACCACGCACAAGUUUGAUUUCCGCACUGUGCCAGAGGAUGAGGUUGGCAAGACGGUCGUGCAGCUCGUGAGCGUGGCUGUCAUGCCCAAUGGUAACAUCAUAGCGGGUGAUAAGGUGAGGAAGGUAUUGACUGAGCACAAUCCUAGGAAUGGUGAUAUCCUACACACCAUGCCGGUGAAGAUAACACCUGACUUCUUGGCUGUACUGAGCAAUGGUUGGAUUGUGAUCAGUGACAAGGAGCAGGGACUAGUGGAGACAGUGAAGGUCUCUAAUGGCAACGCUGUGACUGUUAGCACAAUCCAGCCAACCAUCGACGGUAAACCGGCGAAAUACUGCGGGGGUGUUUGCAGCAACAGCUCGGGUAUCUACCUUGCAGUGGUCACAGGCAAAGUCCACACCGGUCACAUACACCACUAUAACUGUGCAUGUCAGUUUGUCAGCUGUGUGGCCCAGGGUUUGUAUGACCCCUGUGGAAUCACGUUCACAGCUGCAGAUGGUGGGCAGCAGCUGGCAGUGGCUGACUGGCACUCAGUUAAGAUAUAUCACAAGGUGUGA